UAACGGCUGAAGGGAUGAACGAUAACCUUCUUCUGGUCAAGCAAAGCAAAGCGAAAGCGAAAGGGAAAACGUAAAGCGCAGAGAGGAGCCUUCCUUCUUCUUCUUCUUCGUCGUCAAGAAGCUGCUUCAGAAGUACUCUUUCGUUGCCCAGUUGAUCAAAAAAGGAAUCAACUUUAUCGUCAGGUUUGAUUUGGUGUUAUUUGAAAAAAGGAUCAUUGAUUCCCCACCUCCCUGAAAGUCUCGACCUUUCCAGAUCUUUCGGAGCUCCGUUUACUUCAAUCGAUGGGUGGCUGCCUGGCUUGCUAUAGAGAACCCAAACCAACUGAAACUCUAAAGGAUCAUCCACCUUUCAAUCCCACAGCUAAAACGUUUAAGAAACCAAACGUCUGUGAAGAUUUUUGGUCAACUAGCACAGUUGAUAUGGACAACACUACCUUCCCUUCUCAGGGGAGCAUCUCAUCAUCCAACCAGACUUUUGAUUCUCAGUCUGGUGCUGCCCCUCCUGAAUUUGUAAAUCAAGGUCUUCUUCUUUGGAAUCAGACCCGGGAGCGUUGGGUGGGCAAGGAAAGACGUAGUAACAACCCACCGGAUCCCAGACAAGGAGCUAAGAUCAAUUGGGACGCAGCAUCCUAUGAUAGCUUGCUGGGGAGCAACAAGUUAUUUCCCCAACCUAUUCCUCUCAAUGAAAUGGUGGAUUUUCUGGUGGAGGUUUGGGAACAAGAAGGUCUAUAUGACUGAUGAACAAGAUACACUCUUAUACACACACAAUGGUUCCAACAUUUCAGAUUUUUUUUUUCUGUUUCGGUUUGAUUUCUGAAACCCCCCUUGUUGUACCAUCUUUCAUUUGGAAUUUGAUCGAGAAAACCUGGAAUGUGGCUCAAUGAGAAAAUCCCCUUGUUGUACCAUCUUUCAAUCUAUAAAGGCUUAAGAUUUAUGUCU